CAAUGUUGUUCUCCACAAGGUGUGUGCCAAGUGACGAACUGAUGCAAGAGUUAACCCAGAGUAUGGAACAAGCAGAGAAAAGUGAUGCCAAUGGUUCCGAACAAGGCAAUCGUGGAUUGAGACUGCCAAAAGCGACAGUGGAAUCGGUUGCCGACAGUGGAGGCGGAGAAGGUUACGGCUUGUGAUUGUGUGAUUCUGAGAUUGUAUGUAGGAAGGCUUGUAAGAUUACUUGUUAGAAGUGGUACGACGUUGUAGAGUGAGAUGAAAUAGAUGAGAUGAAAAAAAUAGGUACAAAACUACUGCAGUUGAACGUGAUGAGUUGAUGAGUACUAUUUGAAAGGCUCUUACAUCAACUCUAAGAUAAUGACCAGCAGCUGCAAGACAAAGAGGACGCAACUGCAGCUGCAGCAGAAGCAGCUACUGGUCAUUGGCAAAUGUUGGUGGCGAAGCUUGAUAGGGAUCUAAACAAGGCUAUGCCCUUCUAUGACUGGGCUAGGAGUAAAACAGCCGUUGUCGAAUGUGACUUAGAUGAAGACAGAGAAAACCUGCGCAUAGAACGAAACUUACGAGCCUACUUACGGCGGUAUCCGCAUGAUGGUAGGCAGGAGCUACUAGCGAAACUGGGAGGUACAGAAAUUGGUGGUAAUAUCUCCAAGGGCGACGUUGCGGAUGUUGACGAGUUGGAUGAGGAGGACGAGAAUUCUCUGUAUUACGAAGAUGACAUGGACAGUUUAGUCUCAAGCAGCA